CGGCAAGAGAGAGUGAGACGGUCCAUUACCUCCUCUUUCUGAUUUCGUGAAGUUCGUUGUUCUUACAUACAAGUCUUCCUUUUCUUCAUUAUUUAAAGAGAGAGAAGAGUGGUUCCCCCAACAUACAUAGCAAUUAGCAACCUCAAAUAUUGUUUGUAAUUAGUAACAAAAAUACUAAACUAAUCACACAAAGAUGACAGCUCUUUCCAACGGCCACGCCGCUAAUAACUCUUCUCCUCUUUUCAAGAUCCCACCCAUCAAAUUCACCAAUCUCUUCAUCAAUGGCCACUUUGUUCAUUCUCUCUCAGGAAACGAGUUUGAGACAAUAGAUCCGAGAACAGGAGAGGUAAUAGCGAAAAUCUCGGAGGGAAGAAAAGAAGACAUUGAUGUGGCUGUUAAAGCGGCACGUGAGGCAUUUGACAACGGUCCAUGGCCACGCAUGUCUGGUGCGGAAAGAGCAAAAAUCAUGAUGAAAUGGGCAGAUCUUAUUGAAGAAAACGUAGAAGAACUAGCAGCAUUAGACGCCAUUGAUGCUGGAAAGUUGUACCACUUAGUUAAGGUCUUGGACAUCCCUGCAGUUGCAAAUUGUUUACGCUACUAUGCCGGUGCUGCCGAUAAGAUCCAUGGCGAGGUGCUAAAAGGUGCUAGAGAGUUCCAUGCAUAUACUUUGAUGGAACCAAUUGGUGUUGUUGGACACAUCAUUCCUUGGAAUUUCCCUAGCACCAUGUUUGCUGCCAAGGUUAGUCCUUCCUUGGCUGCCGGUUGCACCGUCGUCCUUAAGCCGGCCGAACAAACACCUCUGUCCGCUCUGUUUUUCGCGCAUUUAGCUAAACAGGCUGGAAUUCCGGAUGGAGUUCUUAAUGUAGUACCCGGAUUUGGCCCAACUGCUGGUGCUGCAAUAAGCUCACACAUGGACAUUGAUAAGGUUAGCUUCACCGGUUCAACGGAAGUAGGCCGUGCCAUAAUGCACGCGGCGGCUAGCAGCAAUCUGAAACCGGUGUCACUUGAAUUAGGAGGAAAGUCACCUCUUCUAAUCUUUGAUGAUGCUGAUGUAGAUAAAGCUGCUGAUCUUGCUCUCUUGGGAAUCUUGUUUAAUAAGGGAGAAAUUUGUGUUGCAAGUUCAAGGGUGUUUGUUCAGGAAGGGAUAUAUGAUGAGUUUGAGAAGAAGUUGGUUGAGAAAGCAAAAGCUUGGGUUGUUGGAGAUCCUUUUGAUCCUCAAUCUCAGCAAGGCCCUCAGGUUGACAAGAACCAAUUUGAGAAAAUCCUUUCAUAUAUAGAGAUUGGAAAGCAAGAAGGAGCAACCCUACUAACAGGUGGUAAAAAAGUGGGCAACAAGGGCUACUACAUUGAACCUACAAUCUUCUCUAAUGUCAAGGAAAACAUGCGCAUAGCACAGGAUGAAAUAUUUGGCCCUGUCUUGGCACUGAUGAAGUUCAGGUAAAUUAUAUCUUUAUAAU